AUGCUCAGAACCGUAGAUCUGUUGGCGCUUCUUACCGACCAUGGUCGUCGAGGCACGCUGGAGGCGCUCGCCAUUACCUUGUUCAUUGCCCCCAUUGUCUACAUCAUCGCCAAUGAACUCAUCCGCUACAAUGCUCGCAUAGGCCAGUUAAAGGGGCCCCGAGGCCUACCUAUCAUUGGAAACAUGUGGGAUAUUCGUGUCAAUGCAGCAGAAAAGUAUCGCGAGUGGGCAAAAACAUUUGGUGAAGUCUAUCAAAUCCAGCUCGGCAAUGUUCCCGUCGUCGUCAUCAACUCUGCCGCUGCAGCAAAGACUCUUUUUGGCUUUAAUCUCCAGGCCAUGAGCUCUCGCCCCGAGUUCUACACAUUUCACAAGCUCGUCUCUGACACGGCCGGUACUACAAUCGGUACGUCGCCGUUCAGCGACUCGUUGAAGCGCCGCCGCAAAGGUGCCGCCACCGCGUUGAACAAGCCCUCUAUCCAGACGUAUGUCCCCCAUCUGGACAUUGAGUCACGCGACUUUAUCAAGGAGCUCUACGAGUACGGCCAGGCCGGCAAGAUUCCCACGGACCCCAUGCCCAUGAUUCAGCGGCUAUCGCUGUCGCUCGCUCUGACCCUCAACUGGGGCGUGCGUCUCAAAAGCCAAAAGGACAACCUCUUUGACGAAAUUACCCACGUCGAGGAGGAAAUCAGCCGCUUCCGCUCCACCACGGGCAACCUCCAAGACUACAUCCCGAUCCUGCGCCUCAAUCCCAUCAACACGCACUCGGCCAAGGCGCGGGAAGUGCGGCGCCGUCGUGAUGUGUACCUGUCGCGCCUCAACAACGGCCUGGACGAACGCAUCGCCAACGGCACUUAUAAGCCCUGCAUCCAGGCCAAUGUCAUCAUGGACAAGGAGGCCAAGCUGAACAAGGAAGAGCUGACGUCCAUCAGCCUGACCAUGCUGUCCGGUGGUCUGGACACGGUCACGACGCAGGUGGCCUGGUUUGUCGCUUUCCUCUCACAGAACCCUGACAUCCAAGAUAAGGCUGUCGAAGAGAUUCGCAAAUUCUACGGCGAGGAUACUCCCAUGUGCGACGAACUGGACGAUCAAAAGUGCCCAUACGUCGUAGCCUUGGUCAAGGAGUCUCUUCGCUACUAUACUGUGCUGCGGCUAGCACUUCCACGCGCCUCUAUCAAAGAUGUCGCCUAUGGAACCGCCACCAUCCCCAAGGGUUCCAUACUGUUUCUCAACGCCUGGGCCUGUAAUAUGGACUCGAAUGUGUGGAGCGACCCCGACGUCUUCCGCCCAGAGCGCUGGUAUGAGCAGCCCGACGCGCCGCUCUUUACCUACGGAGUCGGCUACCGCAUGUGCGCCGGCUCUCUUCUCGCGAACCGCGAGCUGUACCUCGUGUACAUGCGCCUGCUCAAUAGCUUCCGCAUCGAAAAGUUCGACGAUGUCGACUGCCACCCCGUCAGCGGCAACGCGGACCCGACUAGUCUCGUCGCGCUGCCCCGGCGCUACCGGGCGCUCUUUGUCCCGCGAAACCCCGUGGCGCUCAAGGCGGCCAUGGAAGAGACGGAGGCAAUGGAGCGUGCAGACGACAGCAUUUCGGCCAACAUGCAGCUCAAGACUCUCCUCACCCUCGUCCUGGCCAACGCCGUCGCCGGCCUCUGCCGCUCGGACGCCGACUGCCCCCAGGGCCAGCACUGCAAGCAGCAGGGCGAGUUUCCCAACAUCAAGGUCUGCAAGUGA